GAAGUUAGUCCCGGUUGCAGCCCUCAUAGUCCAACAAGUCUCCGCAGCUCUGUACGCAUUGUCCGAAGCACCAACUCCAGUGGGAGAAGCCCUUCCGAACGAGACGAUGCCGAGGAGCGCUGGCUUCAGGGGCACACGCCGUGCGCCCGGUUGACGAGGAGUAGGUCACGGCGUCUGUCGGACCCUCAGGGAGGCCGGAGCCCUCCACCUGCUCAGGGGAGGGGGACACGAAGCAGCUCAAAGCCCUUCGCUGAGGAACUGGGGUCACCAGGUCGCGAAACCGCUGGAAGGAUGUAUGGGGGCAGAGAUCGGCACUAUGCUGGUCAGAGAGGACAGGUCGCCGAUCCUCGACUGGCAAGAGAAAGGUGGACACAGUCGGAGCGCAACUUCUUGGAUACUGAAGUAGGAAACCAAGACUCAGAUGGGCCAUAUGACAGAAUGCGUUCUACCUCCAAGAAGAAAUCCAGACGUCGAACAAGAGACGCGUCCGACAGCCCAACUCGUCGGUCGUCUCGUCGCUCCGGCUGGAACACGGAAACAAGUUUUCUAUCAAAGCAAGGUGAGAACCGUGGUGACAGCAGCAAUGAUGACAAGAACAACACUGAGAGUGACUCAUCAACCUCGGAGUCGGACGAUUCUGAAGAUUCUGAGGGCAGUAGCUCAUCGGAGGCGAGCUUUUCAAGCAGUGAAAGCGAGUCUCACACGGCGUCCCUGCCCAGUCCGAACAUCUCACUCUCGGUCAGUGGCGAGGACGACGAUGAUGAAGUAUCGGCGGAACACUGGACGGUUACGGAUAUCCUAAAGGACCCUUCCGAGAGCGACUUGGAGGCGGAUGGAGAUUUAUCAAAGACAACCGGCCCAGUGGAGAUGGACAAGACAGCCGAAGGCGAGCCCAGACGUGAUGUCAAGGGUGCAGUUGCAGAAAGUGCAGUUAGCUCAGUGUUGAAAGACGAGGAUGCGGAUCAAAAACAGACAGAAAAGGGUAUGUCUGAGCGAGACGAGGAAAAGGGGCUGCUCGUCACAGUGACAGGCCGAGAGGAAACACGCUCCAGUACUGCCGAGAACAGUGUCGUUCCUUGCCCUCGCCAGGAGGAUGGCUCUGAUGUUACUGCACCGGUCGACGAUGACGCCGUUCCGAGCGACAGCACUGCUGACUUGCCUGUGAGCAGCGAGCCCGGCCCUAAAGUCGGACAGGUCGGCAGACAGGGGGAGUCUGAAAGUAAUGCUAAUGUGCGAACGGGUCAGCUCGAUACGUCUGGUGCGUCCGUAAACGAUGCAGUUGAAGCAGAUGAAACGAAUUGCUCGGGACCUGAGGAAACGAAGUCGGUCAAAGUCUGCGGUGAGAAGUCAUCAAUUGCCAGUAACGACUCUGCCAAAGCUCCGAGUACCUCUGACGAUUUAAAAGAUCAAGUACUUGGUGCAGACGAAGGGCAUGCUCGUGAAAAGAGAGAACCUUCAUCAACCGACGAUCAUUUGACUUCCUGCGAUACAGAAGCUGCUUCAACCAAUAACAUUGCAACACAUCGGGACGCGGGCGGAGAAGCCGCUCCUGCCACCGCUGAUGAUCAUCACAAGCUCUCAGACUGUCCGAGCUCUCCUCUCGAUGAACGCGACUCAGAAGGGUCCAGCCCGCCAGGCAGUCCCGGUCCGGAGUGCGGUGAUCCGGAGCCGGUGGCCGGCCUGUUGGAGCGCGCGCGACACCUCAUGUCCAGCCAGCUGACCAGGAUGUGUGCGUCGUCGCCGGCGCUGGCCCACAUGAGCGCCGAUGAGGACGAUAUUCCCCCCGACGAGGACGAGAUCCCGGCCUCGCAGUUCGAGGAGUCGCCGGCGGGCCGGUGCGACUCGCCGCCGCCUUCCUCCGCCUCAUCCUCCACCGACAGGUUUAGGAGGAAUUACUCCCGAUCUCGGAGCAGAAGUCCCGGCAGAGGGAAGCGCAGCUCCCGCAGCUCUCCUUACCACAGAAAACGGCCAAGGCGGCGGUCCCGCUCCCCCGUCCCUGCCUACUCAGGGCGGCCAUCCUACGGGGGCGGACGGUACUCCCCGCCGCCGCCCCCGCCGCCGCCGCCGCCCCAGUCCGGUCGUCGCGGCGCCACCUCUGCCAAAACGCUUAACAAAAUGUCCGAGACAUCCCUGUACGCUGAGCUCGUGAAGCAGAAGAAGAUUCGAGAGAAGGCUCUCCGUGUGGUGUCUGGCUUCCAGCAGUCGGAUGAUGGCAAGGAGAAGGAGAACGUGUACCCGGACGGGGACGGCUCCGGCCGAGACCUGGCUGACGGCGCCGACCAGCUGGAGACCAUCGAGUCCUCGCCGGAGGUGUACACGCCCGAACAGGAGCCGCGUCGGUCCGAGGGGCGCGGCCGCGUGCGCAGCCCGCCGUCCCGCCGACGGGGCGGCACCCCGCCCCUGCCGCCGGGACACAGGAGGGGAGGCACGCCCCCGCUGCCGCCCUCGCACCGGCGCGGCGGGACACCGCCCCUGCCGCCCGGCAGACGGGGAGGAACGCCUCCACUUCCCCCGAGUCACAGGAGGGGAGGCACGCCUCCACUGCCGCCCAGUCACAGGCGGGGAGGUACUCCGCCGCUGCCUCCUGGCCAUAGGAGAGGGGGCACCCCGCCACUGCCGCCUCCCAGCCACAGGAGAGGAGGCACUCCGCCGCUACCUCCGCCUAACCGCCAGGGCCGCUCUGCCGCCGUCCGACCAGUAGUGCCCGGUACUGAGGAGCUCUCGCCGGACGAGGACGGGCCUCUGACCCCGCCGCCGCCGCGGCCGUCAGCAGCGGCGAGCCGCGCGCCUCAGCCCCGCCUGCAGCGGCCCAACAUCAUACACAGGCGGCGAGAGAGUGAGAACAAAACGUGGGGUGAUCGGUGUGUGGAUGCGUUCGAGCUGAUAGCCCAGGUCGGCCAGGGUACCUACGGCCAGGUGUACAAAGCCAGGGACUGCGAGACCGGCGAGGUUGUUGCGUUGAAGAAAGUGCGAUUGGAGAAUGAGAAGGAGGGAUUUCCUAUUACGGCUGUGAGAGAGAUCAAGAUCUUGCGACAACUAAACCACAAGAACAUAGUUAAUAUUAAGGAGAUUGUUACGGACAAGCAGACUGCGGUGGACUUCCGGAAGGACAAGGGUUCAUUUUACCUGGUGUUUGAGUACAUGGACCACGACCUGAUGGGCCUGCUCGAGUCAGGGAUGGUGGACUUUGACGAGCCGUCCAACGCCAGCAUCAUGCGACAGCUGCUCGAGGGGCUCAACUACUGCCACCGGAAAAACUUCCUCCACAGGGAUAUCAAGUGCAGCAAUAUCCUGCUCAACAACAAGGGUCACGUGAAGCUGGGCGACUUCGGUCUGGCUCGGCUGUACAACGCCGAAGAGUCUCGUCCGUACACCAACAAGGUGAUCACGCUGUGGUACCGGCCGCCGGAGCUGCUGCUCGGGGAGGAGCGCUACGGGCCCGCAGUCGAUGUCUGGAGCUGCGGCUGCAUUCUCGGCGAACUCUUCCAGAAGAAACCGCUCUUCCAGGGCGCCAACGUGGAGAUCGCCCAGCUGGAGAUGAUCUCCCGACUGUGCGGCUCCCCGUGUCCGUCCGUCUGGCCGGAGGUGGUCCGGCUACCCCUGUGGAGCACCCUCCGACCCAAGAAGCCCUACCGGCGGCGCCUCAAGGAGGAGUUCUGGCACAUGCCCUCGGCCGCGCUCAGCCUCAUGGACAAGAUGCUCGAGCUCGAUCCGAAGAAUCGGAUAUCGGCCGAUGACGCGCUCAAGAGCCCCUGGCUGAAGAACAUCAACUCGGACAAGCUGCCUCCUCCCAACUUCCCCGAGGGCCAGGACUGUCACGAGAUGUGGUCCAAGAACCGGCGCCGCCAGCAGCGGGACCAGAUGGAGGGCUCGCGACCGGACAGCGCCGCCUCGGCGAGGGAGCGGGGCGCGGCGCCGGCCACCGACUCGGCACGGACGUCGCCGCGGUCGGCGCGGCCCGAGUCGUCGCGGGACAACUCUGACAGUCAGCCGGUGUCGACCACCACCUCUCCACACACACCUCCCCCGCCGGCGGCGCCCGCACCGCCGCCGCCGCCACCGCCCGCCGCCGACAGCGGAUCCCUACGCUCCCUGCUUCAGCAGCUCAUAGACCUGCUGGCAGAAGGCGAGCCGGUCACCUGCGAACACAUCACCAACAUUGUGCAUUGUGAGGUGGACGCCGUGACCCAGCGGCUGCUGGAGCCGGUGAACGCCCAGCUGUUGGUGGCUGCCUCAGAGGCCGGCGCCCGCCUGGAGCCCGGCCUGCGCGUGCUGGGCCGCACCGGGCUGGCGGCGCCCCAGCUGCGCCUGGCGCUGGCAGCCCUAGUGCGCCACUGCGGGUUGGGUCCGCUGCCGCCCUGAGCGGCCGGCGGCCCGUCCCCCCCCCCAUCCCCGCACUGUUAUAUUGUGAUGAUCCGGCGGGCGCCGACAGCCGCGGCGCCCGGGACUGCAUUCUCUUGCUUGUUGCGUGACUGCUCUGUAUCGUAGGUGUUAAUAAAUUGGUUGACGGCCGUCUCCGCAAGCGUU